GAUAUAACUGGCAAAGUUCGUUUUAUUGUAGGCGCAAACGUUCGUUUAGAAGGGUUGUAAAGCGUGCGCCAGCAAACUAAACCCACGCGAAUUGUAGUGAACCAUAACUAGUCAAUAACUGAGUCAUUUAGCUGGAAUACUAAGUUUAAGGCUUUUCAGCCUGAUACUGAUUGAAAGAUCCUGGAUGAUUGAUCGAUUUACCGCUUAUAUCCGGUAAGAGACAGUAAUCGCGCGAUUGAUAUUUGUUACGGAACGAUAACGAUGUUUCAAAGAUAAGAACAAUCAACGAUGAAAAUCAAAGAGGAUAAUUCUUAUUUAUCAAUUCCGUACAAGAGGUUUGAUUAUUGAUAUCAAGUAUAAAAGCACAAGUCUGAGUGAUUGUGCCUGUUAGUUUUGAAUAAUUGAUUCAGUGCAAUAGGAUUCUAGUACUUAUCUAAGGUGAAAGAUGGCCCGGUGUCUUUAUUCUUUCCUGUGCGUCGCACUUUUUCUCGUGAGCUGUAGUGCUCUACCGGAUCCCAAAAAAGUUCGCGCUCGCUCUCGCCCUCGUUACGAGACUGCUCCAACAACUCCUUCAGUGCCAGGAGCUCCACGAAUCGUCGGAGGAUUCCAGAUUGACAUUUCCGAUGCUCCGUACCAAAUUUCGUUGCAAUCUUUCGGAAGUCACAUUUGUGGUGGAUCCAUCAUCGCCAGAAAAUGGAUUCUAACGGCAGCCCACUGUACCGAUGGAAGAACCGUUUUCAGCCUUCGAAUCCGAGUCGGUUCCAGCAGACAUGCCCGAGGUGGUGUGCUGAUGAGAAUCAAGAGAAUUAUACAGCAUCCGGAGUACGACGAUAGCACAAUCGACUACGAUUAUUCGCUGCUGGAGCUGGCAAACAACAUAGCCCUUUCGAAAAACGCUCAACCGGUCGCACUUCCGGAACAGGAUGAAUCCUAUAUGGAUGAUACGCUGUGUAAAAUUUCCGGCUGGGGUCUUACUCAGAGCCCCACGGAAGCUCGCUCCAGCCUCCGGGCCGCAUACGUGCCCACCUACAACCACGCCAAAUGUGACGAAGCGUACGCCAGCUACGGAGGCAUCACCGAUCAGAUGCUGUGCGCCGGAUACGAGAUGGGCGGAAAGGACGCCUGCCAGGGUGAUUCCGGUGGUCCUCUGGUGGCCGAGGGCAAACUGCUCGGUGUCGUAUCGUGGGGCAUCGGUUGCGCACAGCCAAACUACCCCGGAGUGUACGCCCGAGUGUCUGCAGUUCGUGACUGGAUCCACAGCAACAGUGGCGUGUGACGAGUUGAACUGAUCAACGAGAUCUCAUAUCUCAAAGAACGACCAACGACCACACGGUUCUUAUAGCCUCAUCAAAAGACCUCAAGCUUGAUCGUAAACGGAUAGCGUUUCAAAGGACUAUUCAUUAUUCAAUAAACUAUUAGCUAUACAUACCCGCCAUAAA